CGCCCGUCACCGAGAGAAGGCCGACUAACUUGAAUGACUGCAGUUUUAUGUCUGCACUGGACGGCCCGGAGACCUCGUGUGCAGCCCUAACAGCAAUGGACGGCAGGAUCAGACCGCUUGGCCUGGCUGGACACACCGCCAAUCUGUCUGUCGGUGGGUUGCAGGUGCCCCCUUCCCUCCUGCGCCCUCCGCCUCUUUUCCUGCGGGCUUGUAAUCCUGCGCUGGAGAGGGGUUACCCCCGCACCCCGAAGUGCGCCAGAUGCAGAAACCACGGCGUAGUUUCCGCGCUCAAGGGUCACAAGCGCUUUUGCCGCUGGAGAGACUGCGUGUGCGCCAAGUGCACUUUGAUAGCGGAGAGGCAGAGGGUGAUGGCCGCGCAGGUGGCGCUGCGCAGGCAACAGGCACAAGAGGAGAGUGAGGCCCGGGAGCUCCGCUUCUUGUACCCCGGCUCCGGGACCGGAGGGGAGCCCGGAGUCCCUGUGGCGUCACCCAUAAGGCCUGGGGCGCCCGCAGCUACGAGCGACAGCUCAUCAGCCCCCAGUUUUGAUGUUUUAGGACCGGAGAAUCAAAAAGAUGAUGAAAAACUGAACAAGUACAGCUUUUAUAACGGAUGCAUAGGCCGACCUCUCUUUGCUCCCCACCCUAUACGACUGGCCUCUCCGAAUGAGAAGCAGGCGAUGUCUCCAAGUAAGGAUAACAUCGGUGCUACAUUCAAAGAUGACGGUGCCAGCACACCCCCAGAUCAGCGGGUAGACCACAUUGAGAGCCCGCAGAGGUCACUGUCCUCCUCGGAUCCGGAGUCGGGGAGCGAGUCGGAGAGGCCCAAGGAAUACCCAAGCCUGGAUCGGGAUCCCACCGAUGUCAUGGCCAAGAUCUUCCCCCAUCAGAAACGAGACACCCUGGAGUCCGUGGUGAGAACAUGCAAGGGUGACAUCGUGAAAGCCAUUGAACUCAUGCUUGGCUCCAAAGAGAACAAAAUUGACUCUGAUAGUUUGGCCCUGUCCCUGUCUGGCAACCCAAACGCGCUCAGGCCUAACUUAGGACUCCCACUUGGGGCUCUGGGGGGAAAGUCUGCCUUCUCCCCGCUCCACGCGACACCAUCGGCCGCCGGAGGGGACAGCUUGUAUGGGCUCAAUCCUCAUUUCAAUAUCAACCCCUUGCGACUGGCAUAUUCCUCUGCAAGUGGUGGGAUGACAAGUUUUAUGUCACCAUAUGUGACAUCCGGACUGAUGCCAGUGUUUCCAUUGCGUCCACCCUUGGACUCCUACUCUUUCCCGGGCAUGAUCCGCGAUCUCUCCUACCUCCAGAACAAGGAGUCACUAUGCAACACAGCUCUUUACACACGGCUUAACCACGACAAAUAAACCGUAUUUGUUCAGUUGUCAUUUGGCGUUCAGAAUGGCCUUUUAAAAGCCCUUAAAGUGCCUCCAUCCUGUUUAAGGUGUUAGGUAUGGUGCCACUGAA